UCUUAGUCCCGUGUUUCCCGUUAGACAGGCCGGAGCCAAAUAUCCGUGGGACUGGAACAAUGAGGGCAAACUUCAUAACCAGGCCGAGAUAUAACGCCACUGGGACGCCUGGACGUUCGUCGUGGGGUCUACACAUGAGCACAGACGGACCGGGGACAGAUCGUCUCCCGCCUGAACUGUUGCCGUUGUUUGGUUUCACACAUCAACUGAACCUGUUCUGUUUUCACGUGGGUGGGUUUGACCCCAUCUUAUUCUAAGUGACGUGGUUUUUUCUGUGAAUGGGGGGGGUCCGCACCCCGUCACUCUGACGCCCGCAUUUCCGACAGCACUGAAAGCAGCAGAGCCGCAGUGCUGCGGUCAGACAAGACCACAUCCGACGGUACAGACCGACCCCCGCCACUGGGUUACUGGACUCUAUUCGCUGUCGGUACAUUGACGAGUGAUUGUCGGUAUGAACACGGAGGAGACGAACGUGCAGCUGCAGGAAGCGGAGACCAAAGAUGCUGAGCCGGAGGAUGCGGCGGAUCCGGCCCAGGCCGCUGCGGAUGCUGAUGCGACGGAGGCCGAUGUGAGUGACCUGGCGGACCUGGACCAGGAGGAGCAGGAGAAGCAGCCGAUGACCGGAGGAGACCGCGUCGCGGACGGUCCGUCGGCCGGCGGAGACGCGACGGCGGCGGCGACGGCGGCGGUGGAGAAAAACGGCUCCUUGAAGCUGAAGAUCCCCGAGGAGGCCGAGGAGGUGAAAUUCACCGGGCUGAGCAAGGAGGAGCUGCUGCGGGUGGCGGGGACCCCGGGCUGGGUGAGGACCCGCUGGGCGCUGCUGGUGGUGUUCUGGCUCGGCUGGUUGGGGAUGCUGGUCGGAGCCGUCCUCAUCAUCCUGCAGGCCCCUCGCUGCAGAGACCUGCCCGUCACCAGCUGGUGGAACGACGGCCCGCUGUACCAGAUCGGAAACAUCCGGGCCUUCACCGAUGCCCAGAACCUGAAAGGUCUGGAGCAGAAGGUCGGCAGUCUGUCUCAGCUGAAGGUUAAAGGUCUGGUGGUCGGACCGAUCCACGUCGCUCCGCCCGACGAAGCCAUGGGCCUGAGGUUUGAGGAGAUUUCCCCCGAGGCCGGAAACCUGGAGCAGUUUAAGGGUUUCGUCCAGGCUGCUCACAAGAAGGGUAUUUCCGUGGUUCUGGAUCUGACUCCAAACUACCGGGGAUCAUCUGGACCCUGGUUCUCCAACAUCAGUGUGACCAACGUAGCAGAGAGACUGAAGUCUGCUCUGGUGUUCUGGCUGAAUGAAGGUGUGGACGGCAUCCAGCUGUUGGGGGUGGAGCGUGUGUCCAGCGUGGUGCCGUCUCUGUGGGCCGACAUCCGAGCCAUCGUCCAGAACGGGACGGACGAGCGUCCCAACAAAAGAGUCCUGAUCGGCAUCACAGACCGAUCCUCGGCCGAAGACGUGUCCUCCCUCCUCUCCUCCACCAGCGUUGACCUCUUGAUCUCCAGGGUCCUCCGUCCCGGAGACACGAACGCCACGGAGUGCGCUCAGUCCGUCCAGCGCUUGUAUUCGUCCCACAGCCAGACCAAGCUGGCCUGGAGCCUGGGGGGUCGGGCCGAGGGUCACCUGGCGUCGCUGGUGGGCCCGGCUCUGGUGAAACUGCACCAGCUGCUGCUGCUCACGCUGCCCGGGACGCCCGUCUUCAACUACGGAGACGAGAUCGGCCUGAUGGACGAGGGCACCAAGUUUCCCAAGAUGAUCUGGGACUCUGGCAAGGAGCUGAAUGAGACUCUACAGGAGGAGAGGGCCGAGCGUCUGUCCUGUCGCAGCUUUUUCCGCAGUCUGAGCGAGUUGCGAUGUAAGGAGCGCUCCCUGCUGUUCGGAGACUUCGUCCUCCUCUCCAACUCCUCCUCUUCGCUGGCGUACCUGCGCGUCUGGGACCAGAGCCAGCGUUACCUGGCUGCCCUCAACUGGGCGGAGGAGGCGGCGGUGCUGCAGCUGAGCGAUGCCACUCUGCCCCGGCAGGCUGCGGUGGUCCUCAGCACCAACGCCAGUGUCCUCCCCGCGGACAGCACGGUGGACCUGAAAAACCUGCGGCUCGGCCCCGGACAGGCUGUGCUCCUCAGGUUUCCUUACGCUGGAUAGAGGAGGCAGAGGCCGCCAGAGAUUAGAUUCAGUUUCGUCUGUUAUCAGUUAUUACCUCUAGAAAAAAUAAUGAUCAAAGGCCCAUUCAGACUGGAUUAAAAUUACAGGGGGAGGUGGGGAAAUUAGAUGAAAAAUGGUCCUUCUCACAGACAUGAGACACAUGUUGAUGUGAUUCAGUGUGACGUCCACUUCCUGAGGACAUCGUGAUCUCUGAUGUCCCUCCACAAUAAAGCUCCACAAAUCCACUCAGAAACCAGAGGAAAAAGAGGCUGCAGAACUUCAUUCAGAAUCUUCCUGUUUUUAAGUUUCCUUCAGUGUCACAGUGAUCCAGUGAACAUUGGCUGAACA